AUGAACCCGGCCCGAGCCUUAUCUGGUUUGCCGUGUUUGUCGAUGCGGAGUACGAAAGCUUAUCGCCCGCUCGCAAGCCACAUCUCCGCCCACACAGCUUGCGUUCAGGCAGCUGUCAUUUGCUCGUAUUUACUUUCGAGAGGUGAUCAACCUGCUCAAUUGGAUCCUCUAUCUCGGUCUGAGGUUUUGGCUGUUGCACUCAGACCUCUCAUUGCCCUAUACCUAGCUAUACCUUGCUAUCUGUUGCCCUCCGUGAAGCGCACGACUACCUCGAUGAAUAGGGAAAAAGAUCCAACACUCUCAAUGAAAUCUAUCAUCUCAAAGGGCUCUGCAGAAAGAAUCACCAGUCUGGAGCGUCUGACCAGGCCGACCAAAGAAGCCGGGUGCUCCAGAGCCGAAACGGAGGAGUCGGAAGGGAUGCUGGCCAUGCAAGGCGCGCAAGGUAAAAUGACACUGAACAUUCUACCUAGCGGCGAAGAAAAACCUAGCUGUUCGAAUUGCCUGCGCCAGGGCGGAGUUUGUGAUUACAGCAUUCGACUUAACUGGGAAGGUAGAACGAAAAGGAAACCAACCGCAGAACCGGCAACGCCUUCGUCUGGUUCAGGCAUGGUGAUAUUUUCGUCAUCCUUUCAACGAUCGCCAGGUCAAGGCGUAGAUUCGACCGCUCCAGCUGACAGAGACUCUCUGCCAACGUUCCCGGUCCCGACAUCGAUCACAUGGAUUACAGAAAGCGUCCGACGAGUAGUCCAGAGCUCGCAGAACUCUCCCAUCACGCCAGCAUCCCUUUUUGGCAACUUUCCUGUCAGUCCUGGUAAUGACAAUGAGAGAAGUUACAGCUCUGUUUCUGUCCCAACGAAUCAGUCCGAACAGACAUUGUCUCCACCAGCGCUGUUGCAGGAUGUGUCAACACAAUAUGAAAUAUCUCGACCACCGAAACCCCAGGUUUUAUCCUACCCUACCCCCUCUGAUAUGAAUCUGCUGGGUUCUGGAAUUGGAUCUCUAUCCUCUUUGGCCUUCGAUAGUCAUUCCGUUUCUCAGCCUACCUCAUUCCUCCGCCAGACGUUUCCAGCAGCGACAGAGGCAUCAGCAAGGUCACCUAUCGAGGAUCCGGAGCAAACACAUCCGGCCAAGAGGCUUAGAAGGUCAUCUUAUACUUUCUCUGCAGGAGUCGCUACUGUCGAGAAUCCAAUCUCGUCCCAGGCGGAGGGUUCGACUGCAGCUGAGGACAAUCAUCUGAACUCUGUGUCACAGAAUCUGCGUCGCGUCCCGGUGAAUUCGCUGUUGUCCCAUUCCACAGAAUUGGUACCCGCGGAGGCAAGACUGGGCUAUGCUACACAUGGCAGACAACAGGGGCACUUGGAUAGUGAGACCGUCAAUUUUGGACUUGACUGCGGUUAUCCUGACUAUGAUCUCAACAAGAUCGAUGAUUCUGGGGCCAUCGAAAAUAUCACGUCGCUGGAUGGGAUCGCUCGCGAUUCACGGUCCAGUCCCGCAAGCGAGGAUGCGGCAACGGGAUCACAGAGGCCAAGGAAAAAGACUGUCUUCACCACAGGGGGUUAUUAUGCAAGUCCCGUGGAGAUAAACAUUCCGAGAUACUUAACACCUCUUCCUUCAACCCUGCGAGAGAAUCCGAUCAAUCUGAUGUAUUUCCACCAUUUCCUGAACCAUACUGCCCGAAUCCUGGUACCUCAUGAUUGCGAAGAGAACCCUUUCAUCUCGGUCCUGCCUUCAAUGGCUAUCACGGACCCCAACCUUCUGAACCUCAUGUUGGCUUACUCCGCAAGUCAUCGGGCACGCUUCCUCCGCCAUCCGGAGCCGUCGAAUCGAAUCGCCCAUUGGGUCAGAGACGUUUUCCCAACUUUGCGCCAUGCACUUGACGACCCUCAAGAAAACGUUACGGAUAGCCAUCUUGCCACGGCCAUCAUGCUCUUGUCACUCAAGAUCAUAUCACCCAGCACCUUUGAAGUGCCGAUCACCUGGCAGGACCAUCUGAACCUCGCUCGGGAUCUUUUCCUCGCGCGCGAGAUCCAAUAUUUGGCCCAUCCGGGAAACAAAGUUGCCUUCUUUCUCGCUCGUUGGUUUGGAUAUCUUGACAUUUUUGGCAGUCUGUCUUGUCGAGGUGGGCCUCCAUUGUUUGAAGGCAGCUACUGGUCCCCCACUCCCUCAGGAUGUGUACCUAGUGAGGAUGAUGAUUAUCGGGUCGACUGCGUCACCGGUUUCACGCCGCGCACCGGCGUCUAUUUGGCACGUCUUGGGUGCUUGACCUGUCGCUGCGACAACGAGCGCUUUGACAAGGAGGGCAAUUUUCUCCCAGACUGGACGCCAUCGGAGGACGUUGUCCUGGCGGCCGAAGCUCUCCUGGAUGACAUGAGCCGGUCGCGGCAACGAGGGCAUGCCAGUGGGACACACCACACGGAACAGGAGAAUCAGGAGAUGAUAGCCAUCGACAUGGCAUUCCAUUGGUCCGCUGUGCUCCAUGUUCACCGUCGCGUCCUUGGGAAACCAGCCUUUGCUCCCGAGAUCAAGAACGCUCGCAAAUUGAUGCAGCGAUGCUGGGAAGAAGAGCUUCCGUGGAUCGCCUUGGGCCAAGGCGAGUUUCUUGGGUAG